GCUGCUCUCCCCGUCGCCGCCGCCGCCGCCGCCACUGCGGCGCCGCCUCUCCGCCAGCCACUGCGCCGCGGCCAAGCCUCCUGCCUCGCAGCGGUCCCCCGCGUCCCGGCCUGCAGCCUCCCCGGGCGCCGGCGCCCCCAGCACGCCCCAUCGGGCACCCCACUCUCUCCGAGGUGUGGGUGCGGCGGGCUGAUGAGGUGAUCCCUAGCCCGCCUGGGAGGAGCGCCUGGACUCGCGGGCGGCGGCGAGCGCCUUUACAAUGGCCCUGACCCUGUUUGAUACAGAUGAAUAUAGACCUCCUGUUUGGAAAUCUUACUUAUAUCAGCUACAACAGGAAGCCCCUCAUCCUCGAAGAAUUACCUGUACUUGCGAGAUGAGACUGUCUAGUUGCAAGAAAACAAGCUCAGGGCUCCCACUGAUUCUACAUUAUGGUGGAAAACAGACCAAAGUAUUAUGGAAGAGAAUGGAGUUUCGCUUUUGUCGCCCAGGCUGGAGUGCAAUGGUGCGAUCUCGGUUCACUAUAACCUCCACCUCCCGGGUUCAAGCGAUUCUCCUGCCUCAGCCUCCCAGGUUUCAUGGCAUGAUCUCCAGAGAAGCAGCUGACCAGCUCUUGAUUGUGGCUGAGGGGAGCUACCUCAUCCGGGAGAGCCAGCGGCAGCCAGGGACCUACACUUUGGCUUUAAGAUUUGGAAGUCAAACCAGAAACUUCAGGCUCUACUACGAUGGCAAGCACUUUGUUGGGGAGAAACGCUUUGAGUCCAUCCACGAUCUGGUGACUGAUGGCUUGAUUACUCUCUAUAUUGAAACCAAGGCAGCAGAAUACAUUGCCAAGAUGACGAUAAACCCAAUUUAUGAGCACGUAGGAUACACAACCUUAAACAGAGAGCCAGCAUACAAAAAACAUAUGCCAGUCCUGAAAGAGACACAUGAUGAGAGAGAUUCUACAGGCCAGGAUGGGGUGUCAGAGAAAAGGUUGACAUCACUUGUUAGAAGAGCAACUCUGAAAGAAAACGAGCAAAUUCCAAAAUAUGAAAAGAUUCACAAUUUCAAGGUGCAUACAUUCAGAGGGCCACACUGGUGUGAAUACUGUGCCAACUUUAUGUGGGGUCUCAUUGCUCAGGGAGUGAAAUGUGCAGAUUGUGGUUUGAAUGUUCAUAAGCAGUGUUCCAAGAUGGUCCCAAAUGACUGUAAGCCAGACUUGAAGCAUGUCAAAAAGGUGUACAGCUGUGACCUUACGACGCUCGUGAAAGCACAUACCACUAAGCGGCCAAUGGUGGUAGACAUGUGCAUCAGGGAGAUUGAGUCUAGAGGUCUUAAUUCUGAAGGACUAUACCGAGUAUCAGGAUUUAGUGACCUAAUUGAAGAUGUCAAGAUGGCUUUCGACAGAGAUGGUGAGAAGGCAGAUAUUUCUGUGAACAUGUAUGAAGAUAUCAACAUUAUCACUGGUGCACUUAAACUGUACUUCAGGGAUUUGCCAAUUCCACUCAUUACAUAUGAUGCCUACCCUAAGUUUAUAGAAUCUGCCAAAAUUAUGGAUCCGGAUGAGCAAUUGGAAACCCUUCAUGAAGCACUGAAACUACUGCCACCUGCUCACUGCGAAACCCUCCGGUACCUCAUGGCACAUCUAAAGAGAGUGACCCUCCACGAAAAGGAGAAUCUUAUGAAUGCAGAGAACCUUGGAAUCGUCUUUGGACCCACCCUUAUGAGAUCUCCAGAACUAGACGCUAUGGCUGCAUUGAAUGAUAUACGGUAUCAGAGACUGGUGGUGGAGCUGCUUAUCAAAAACGAAGACAUUUUAUUUUAAAUUUUUAAUUUGAGGGGAAAAGAAAUGUUUUACAGAUGAAGGAAUGUUUUAUAGUAAUUUAAUUUGCUCCUGUAGCUGCAUUAUUUCUUGAUUAGAGGUUUGGGCAUAUAACCAGAUUAAAGUGAAGGAACUUUCUGUUGUUUUUGUAGCACCGCUCAGCUGUCUUGUAAAACAGUGAACACACGCUUUCUGGUUCUAGUAAUCCUGGGUGUUUAUCACGUUCAGAGAAACUCAAGCUAUUGCAUGAUUAGCCCCCUAUCUGGCAAGGAAACCCCAUACAGAAGAAACAACAAACCUGCGCCUGCACCGCCUCUGCGUCCUGGGUAGUCUGUGCUUGUAAUCCAGCAUGUUUCACAGAGUAAGCCUGUUGUGACUUUGCUUUUGGGGUCUAUGUCAUUGGUUUCUGAUGCUUGUACAAACACGCACUCACAAAUGGAUAAAACAGCACCUCUGGCUGUUGCAUUACCAUAAACCAUAUCACAUGCCUACAUUUUGCAAAUGAUUUCUGGUUUCUCUUAGUUCUUCUCUAACAUAGUACUUUCUUUCCAGCAAAAGCAAAAUGUGUUUUCAGAUUUGUUACUUUAAUAAAAGUUAUCCAUACCAAUAAAAAGUGUACAACACA